AAAUUGUUUUCCAGUUUUCACUGAUUUCUAUUGAUUUUUCUACCGACAAAUACUGAAUAAAUAAAAAAAAAAAACGUAAAAAACUAUGUCACACUGGCAACACUGUUCCUUACUUCAUUUCAAAAAUCAAUCAACAAAAAUAGGUUAGACGGCUGGACAUUUGCGAAGUAUUUUGUCCACAAUUAAUGAAUCAUAAUCUAGACCACUACUGGAAUAUUAUUUAUUGUUUAAAGAUAUUUGGAUCUUAAUUUUAACUAAAAGAUAAAAUGGAAGACGAGGAGUAUAAAAAACUUCCACCAGAAGAAAAAUGUAUUCAUAAGCUGUGGAAAGCAAGAGUAAGUGGAUAUGAAGAAGUCACCAUACUCUUCAGGCAGAUAGACGAUGAGAAAUCUCCAGAAUUCAGCAAGUACCUUGGUCUAGUUAAGAAAUUCGUAGUUGAUAGUAAUGCUAUGGGACAAGAAAAGGGAUUGGAAGCGACUUUAACUUAUGUGGAAAAUUACGCACAUGCAGGAAAAACUGUAUCUGAGGUAAUGUCAGGAGUAGUUACUAAAUGUAUAGCAGCCCCGAGAACAAAAACCAGAGAACUGGCACUUCAGCUUACAUUGAUGUAUGUAGAGAUCGAAAAGUACGAGGCUGUCCAAGAAGAACUCAUGAAAGGUAUGGAUUUGAAGAAUCCUAAGAUAGUUACAGCUUGUGUGAAUGCCUGUACUCUAGCAUUGAGAGAAUUUGGCACCAAAAUUAUUAAUGUAAAACCACUUUUGAAGAAAAUUAGUACUCUGUUGACUGACAGAGAUAAGGCUGUGAGGGACGAGACCAAACUAAUGGUUAUCGAGAUGUUUAGAUGGAUUGGAGGUGCUCUCAGGCCCCAAUUACAAACAGCCAAUCUACAGGCCAUACAAAUUACGGAAUUAGAAACUGAAUUUGCAAAAAUCGAAGGUGAAAAGGCAACACCGACAAGGUACAUAAGAUCUCAACAAGUUAAACAGGCCAAACUUGCUGAGCAAGGCGGUGGAGGAGAUGCCCAAGAAGAGUUUGAAGAAGAUGAAGCUCCUCCGGAAAUUGAUCCAUACGAAUUGGCUACCGCUGUUGAAAUUUUAUCAAAAAUACCGAAAGACUUUUAUGAAAAAAUCGAAGCCAAAAAGUGGCAAGAUAGAAAAGACGUGCUUGAUAUUGUGGAGAAUUUGGUAAAAAAUCAAAAAUUGGAAAAUGGAGACUAUGGUGAUCUUGUAAGAGCUCUCAAAAAGGUAAUCCAAAAAGACAGCAAUGUGGUAUGCGUGGCGACAGCAGGUCGAUGCAUAGCUAGUCUAGCAGCGGGCUUAAAAAAGAAAUUCCAAACGUAUGCGGGAUUUUGCGUUCCAGCUAUUUUAGAAAAGUUCAAGGAGAAAAAACAGAAUGUCGUCACGGCCCUAAGAGAUGCCGGGGAUGCCGUUUACGUAACCACUAAUUUAGAAGCAAUCUUGGAAGAUGUAUUGGAAGCGCUCAAUAACAAAAACCCAUCCGUUAAAACUGAAACAUCAUUAUUUUUGGCUAGAGCUUUUACAAGAACCUUAUCCACGACGGUCAAUAAAAAACUACUCAAAGCCGUGACAGCUGCUUUAACAAAAAAUAUUAUGGAACCUGAUCCAACCGUUAGAGAAGCAAGUGCAGAGGCGCUUGGUACUUUAAUGAAACUCGUAGGUGAAAAGACCAUUGGUCCUUUCUUGGUAGAAUUAGAAAAGGAUAAUUUGAAAAUGGCCAAAAUUAAGGAGUUUUGCGAUAGCGCUGUCAUCGUUGCUAAAGCUUCGGGUGUUAAAAAAGCGCCUGCGGCUCCAGCAAAAGCUCCAAGAUCAGCCGCCCCAAGUAGACCUGAUUCCAAAAAGACCACAGUAACUGUCAAGAAGAAACCAGAAAUAUCUUCAGGUACCGCCACCGUAGUUAGAUCUAAGAGUUCCAAAGGGAUAGCCAAAUCUGCCUCUCAAAAUAUAGAAAAAGAACUUGCCGACGAUGAAGUAGAAGAAAUAAUAAGUGGCGUCCUGAGCCCUAACAUCCCAGAAGACAUUGUCAAUACCAAUUGGAAAACAAGGUUAGCUGCCGCUGUACAACUUUUAACCGAGAUAAAAACAAUGGAAACAAAAACAAUCCAAACUCAAGCGCUGGUUAAAUUUAUCGCAAAAAAACCGGGCCUCAAAGACACCAAUUUUCAAGUGCUCAAAACCAAAAUAGAAGUUAUCAAAUAUCUCGCCGAGAACACAAAAUUCACCAUAACCACGGCAAGCUGUUGCGUUCCUGAGAUUUCUGAGAAAUUUUCAGACCCCAAGAACAGUACUCUUGCAGCGGAAACUUUGAGCGCUAUCUCCGAGGCUACGUCUUUAGGACACGUGGCUGAUAUGGUUUUGGAGUUUGCGUUCGGUCAAAGAAGUCCUAAAGUUCAGCAGGAGGCGUUGGCGUGGCUUUCAGGGGCUAUAAAGGAAUUUGGAUUCUCCAAUAUAAAUGUCAAAGUCCUAAUUGAAAAUUGCAAGAAAGCUGUGGGUUCUACAAAUCCCGCUGUAAGACAAACAGCUAUAACGCUUUUAGGAACAAUGUACUUAUAUAUGGGUGCUACUCUUAACGUAUUUUUCGAGAAUGAAAAACCAAGUUUAAGAGAUCAAAUUAAUGCGGAAUGUGAUAAGUAUGAGGGCGAGAAACCGCCUCCAGCAACUAGAGGUGUAGUGAAAUCGGCCAGUUCGGACAGCUUAGAUGAAGUAGAAGACGAUAGACCGGAACAAAUAAACAUUCAGGAUCUCAUACCCAGAACUGACAUAAGUAACCAAAUAACGGAGAGCCUGUUAGCCGAAUUGGCAGACAAAAACUGGAAAGUUCGAAACGAAGCUUUGGACAAACUACAAACCAUCAUCAGCGAAGCCAAAUUUAUAAAGCCGAGUUUGGCCGAUCUGCCGCUAGCCAUCUCAAUUAGGUUGGGUGACAGUAACGUUAAAAUAGCUCAGAAUACUUUGGCGCUCUGCGAAGCUAUUUGUAAGGCUAUGGGGCCACCUUUCAAGCAGUAUAUCAGAGUAUUCCUACCGCCAAUACUACAAGGAUUAGGUGAUAAUAAAGCUUCUAUGAGGUCGUCAUGUAUGGAUACCAUGAACACUUUUAAAGACACGUGUGGUUAUAAGGAAUUUUUCGAAAGUGAAAUGAUGGCUGAUGCGCUAAAAUCGGGCUCGCCUGCAUUAAGAAUCGAACUCUGGUGCUGGCUAGCUGAAAAUGUCGCAAAAAUUCCUCCUAAACAAAUUUCCAAAGAUGAAUUGGUGGCCUGCAUACCUCAUUUGUACAGCAAUCUAGAAGAUAGGAAUGCGGAUGUUCGGAAAAAUGCUCAGGAAGCGGUUUUGGGUAUUAUGAUACAUUUAGGAUUUGAAAGUAUGUCUAAACACACGGAGAAACUUAAACCUGGUUCCAAAACGGUUGUUUUGGCAGCUUUAGAUAAAGCCAGGCCUAAUUUGCCACUAAAACCCUUGCCGACUAAGAGACAAUCUUCGGAAAAGGAAGAGAAAGCUGUAAGGGGCACAAAACCAGCCGCUAGUGCCAAAAAUGCCGCUAAAAAGCCUUCUGCAGCAAAACCGACAGCUGCUGUUGCAGCACGAAAAAAGGAUGAAGAUAUUGAUAUGUCGCCAUUGCUAAUGGUGAACAAUUUGAAACAUCAAAGAACUAUCGACGAAAACAAAUUAAAAGUACUCAAAUGGAACUUUACACAGCCCCGAGAAGAAUUUGUCGAACUAUUGAAAGAUCAAAUGGCAGCCGCCAGCGUUAAUAAAACAUUGAUGUUCAACAUGUUUCAUAUCGAUUUCAGGUAUCAUAUAAAGGCGCUCGAAUCUCUUAGUGAUGAUUUGGCUGACAAUGGUCAGGCUUUGAUUUCAAACUUGGACCUGAUAUUGAAAUGGUUGACACUUAGAUUCUUUGACACAAAUCCGUCGGUUCUUUUGAAAGGCCUUGAAUACCUCCAGUUUGUUUUUAACAUGCUCAUUGAUACAAAAUACAGGUUGUUAGAGAACGAAGCGUCUGCUUUUAUCCCCUAUCUAAUUAAUAAGAUCGGCGAUCCAAAGGAUUCAGUCAGAAACGGCGUGAAGGCACUUCUAAAUCAAAUCAGCAGAUUGUAUCCUGUAAAUAAAUUAUUCACUUACACCAUGGACGGAGUCAAAUCGAAAAACGCCAGGCAAAGAGCAGAAUGUCUCGAAGUAAUGGGUGGCAUCAUUGAAGAUUUUGGAAUAACCGUGUGCAUGCCUACGCCAGCAGCAUGUUUGAAAGAAGUAGCGAAACAAAUUUCAGACAGAGACAAUUCAGUAAGAAAUGCAGCCUUGAAUUGUUGCGUCCAGGCUUAUAACAUUGUCGGUGAAAAAAUUUAUAAGUUAGUAGGCAAUAUUUCUGAUAAAGAUAUGUCUUUAUUAGAAGAAAGAAUCAAACGGUCUAGCAGAAAAACAAUAAAUCCUCCGAAAUCUGAUCUAAAAUCUACAGUCGUCACCGCCGUUAUCUCGCCGCAAAAAGAAAACACGCCACCUAAUAGAAACACUCUUGACGCGACAGUUGUAUUGGACGUAGACAAUGUUAACGAUGAAAAUGACGAUGACAUGGAAGAAGAAAAUUUACCUCCCGUAAAUUUGCCAUCACAGAUAAUGGUAUUCGAACCGCCGAGAGAAAUUGAGGGUCCUUUCAAGUUAGACCCGGAUUUCAUGCAAGAAUUAGAAAGGCGUAAACCACCAAAACCAGUAAAACCUCAGUUGACUUCAUACGAUCUUGAUUUUUUGAAUGAGGAUGUCAGGAUCCCUACUAUUGAAGAAGCCAGAGCACAGGUGCGUGCUGGUGCAAAUACACAGAUGAUACGCUUUAGCGAGGCUGUGUCUAGAGUUAGUCUGAACAGCAGCACGAGUCCUAAGAAACAGGAUCCUAUUCUUGAGAGGCUGAUCAAACAAAUGGGAUCUCAAACUACUACUAUAGCUAUAACUGGUAUGACGCAAUUACAUGAACUCUUGGCCACUACACGUGGAAACGCCAUGAUAGAUUACGAAGACGAGUUUAUGAGUACAGUAAUAACCCAAUUCAAAAAUUUGCAAAACGCCGACUUAACUAUUGAUUCAUUUGCAAUAAAAGUGUAUAGGAAUCUUCUUACCACUAUGGAUGCAUUCUACAAUAACAAAACUUUGGGUAGCCGCGUUUCAGUACAAGUGAUAAAGGAACUAAUGUACCAAAUGAUACAUUUGCUAGUUCAAGAGCGGUUAAACAAAGUUCAAAACGGCGACGCUUACGUUAGGGUGAUAAACUUGCAUUGUGUCAAACUUAUUGAAAGGUCAGAUCAUACCAACACAAUAUGUGCUUUGGUCCAAUUAAUAAACGACUGCAUAAGCAACGAGUGUUCAGAUAGACACGUCGAUCUAGUUAUGAAAUGUCUCUGGAGGGUGAUCAAAUUAAUGCCUCAAUGGGGCGACGAGAUCGACUAUGACUCUGUACUUCUGGAAGUGCACAAUUUCUUGAAGAAGUUUCCCUCUUCGUGGUGGAAAACUAAAGACGUUGACACUCCUUUAAGGACGGUUAAAACAAUCUUGCACUCCAGUGCGAAGAUCAAGGGAGGAACUAUUAUGUUACAUUUAGGGAAAAUACCGAAUACCAGUGAAUCCGAGGUUGAAUCUUACAUUUUAAGAAUACUCAAGAGUUUAAAGAUUUCCGAAAUACAACAUAUACCAGUGAAACAAGAAACUCAGCGGAGAUCCUUGUCCAGAGCCAAUCACAAAAUGCUGACAGACAUUUUCCAAAAAAUCGGCAGCAAAGACGAAACUAAAGAAGGCUUAAAUUUACUGUACGAUUUUAUGCAGCAACAUCCCGAAGCUGACAUAGAACCAUUCUUAGGCACUUGUAGCAAGUUUUUCCAAGAUUAUAUUAGAAAUGGACUGAAAGAUAUUGAAGAUGCUAGGAAGACUGCAAAAACUACUAUUACUGAAAAAGUUGGCAACCACGUUCAAGAGAAAAACGAGUUAAUUGUCCAAUCCAAUCCCACUAAAGGCCCAGAUUAUUGGAAAGAUAGGUUAAAUAUGUGGAACCAGCUUUUCGAUGAUGUCAAAGCUGGAAAGACCAUUGAAAUCCCGGAAUAAAAUAAUGUAUAACUAUAUUUAUAUACCAUCCUAUUGUAUUAAAAAACAUUGUUGGCCAAAUUUCUGAUCAAUUUAUAGUGUAUAUUUGGCUGGUUUUACCUGUUUUGUAUAGUUAAUUAUGCGUUUUUAAACAACAUUGCUAAAAACAUAUCAUUUAUUGUUUACUGACCAAAAAAAAAUUAUGUUGGUGGUGACAUUCGUCCUAUAUUUAACUAGGUUUCGUCCCGUCCGUGUCAUUUUGUCAAAUAUAAUAAUUUAAAAAAUAUUACCAAUACAUUUCCAAAAAUACGGUAUCAAAAUUGCUGGUAUAUUUAAAUUAUUAAUAUAAAAAAUAUAAUUUACUUUAUCUAAAAUAAAAAAUAUUUAGGUACAAAAACUUUUCUAUUUGACACAAAAGCUAAAGAUAAUAUACCUUUUAAAAUAUCGACAAUAAAUUAUUAACAAGUUAUCACCAGGCACAAUACAUAGUGCCCUAACAGACUGAUUUAAUUUAAAAUGAUUUUCGUUUGCAAAUUUAGAUGAUCAGUGUUAUAGACUAAGAUCAGAACUUUGGUCCGCUAUGUGUACAAAAUUAUUUUAAUUCCAAGUAGGCACAUAAUAAACUAUUAUCCUAAAUAAAACAUUUAAAUAAAAUUAUCGACUUAUAGCAUCAUACCCAGUAACUUAUCUCUUAACUUUGUGAUAGAUUAUAAUAUUUUAGUUAUUCAUGACAUUUAACUUAUACAUUAUUUCAUUUUGUCGUUUUACAGAAAGUUUUAUUAUUUUUUUAUUUAUACUGAGUGCCUGUAAUUUUUGUUUGUAGUUUGUAAGCAAAUUAUGUACUUUUUUAUUACAUUUGAAAAAAUUGUCCGUUAAAAAUAUUUCACUAGUUUUAAUAAAGAACAAAUCAUAAUA